UUUGAUCCAUGCCUGAAUCGAGCUAUCCGCAACAGUAUGAGAAAGUCCCGCUGUCGAUUGGUUCGCCGGCCCGUUGUUCGUGAGGGCUUUGAAGCUUCGAUGACCUGAGCCUUUUGGUCGAUUUCAGGCGUCAUGUGGGGUCUCCCCGUGGUGCUCCUUCUCCUGCUGACCCGCCACCAUCCGCCAUCUUGACUUCCACGCGUCGGUUUUUUUCUCCCUUCGUUCGUUUUUCAUCGUCUUCUGCAAGACCAUCUAUGCCUUUCCCUUUGUUUCCAUGAUCCCUGCAGCGCCGAAGCCAGCAGCAGGCUAGCGGCCUUCCUCACUCUUGUCGCCAUGAAGACCCUCGGGCCGAGGCCCCAACUCUCUGUCUCCUCUUCUUCCAGCCACGAGGCCCCACUCAAGAAGUUCCUUUCCGAUAGCGGGACGUUCAGGGAUGGUGAUCUCUUGGUCAACAGGGAUGGCCUGCGUAUUCUCCCUGACGGCGGCUUGGAUUCGCCAGCACCACUACAACCCUUGGAUUCCCAGUUCUCAUUGGCUGAUGUUGACAGUAUUAAAGUUAUCGGGAAGGGCAAUGGCGGCAUUGUUCAACUUGUACGCCAUAAGCAGACUAGCCAAUUUUUUGCUUUAAAGGUUAUUCAAAUGAAUGUUGAAGAAAGCAUACGCAGACUGAUCGUGCAGGAGUUGAAGAUAAAUCGAUGGUCUCAGUGUCCUUACAUUGUAGUAUGUCAUCAUGCUUUAUAUGAUAAUGGCAUUAUCUCAAUAUUACUAGAGUACAUGGAUGGUGGUUCUCUGUCAGAUUUGAUCAGGAAAGUGGGAUCCAUCCCAGAAGCAUAUCUGUCUGCAAUUUGCAAGCAGGUUCUCAAGGGUCUUGUAUAUCUUCAUCAUGAAAUGCAUAUUAUUCAUAGGGACAUAAAACCUUCUAACCUAUUGGUCAACCACAGAGGAGAAGUGAAAAUAACGGAUUUUGGUGUCAGUGCAAUACUUGAUAGGACCAGUGGCUUGCGGGAUACUGUUGUCGGUACCUACACUUACAUGUCUCCAGAGCGAAUAAGUGCAAAAAAGUAUGGCCACAAGAGUGACAUUUGGAGCUUGGGACUGGUUUUACUUGAGUGUGCAACUGGAAGCUUCCCUUACACUCCAGUGGACAAGGACAAAGGGUGGACCAUUUACGAGCUUCUUGAGGCAGUUGUUGACCAGCCACCACCUCAAGCUCCUUCAGAUCAGUUUGCACCUGAAUUUUGUUCCUUCAUUUCUGCAUGCAUGCAGAAAAACCCUGAGGACCGGCUAUCAGCUCAGAGACUCCUGACUCAUCGCUUUAUCACCAAAUAUGAAUGUCCAGACGUGAAUCUUGCUUCUUACUUGACUAGUGUGGGGUCUCCCUUGGCUACUUUCUGACGAUUGCUUGGCGAUACCAGGAAGGCUGGAAGCUCAUUUUCAAGCGCUGCUGUUUCAUCUUCUGCCAGUUCAUAGAUCCCAAUUUUUAAGCCAAUAUUUAGCUGGUUUGUUGCCUCUCUACCGACACAAAUCCAGUCACUCGGCAAACUAUGGACAACAGAAAUCUUCUGCUGAUGUUUUCUGUGGGAGUGCUUUGAGGCUAAACAUCAAGCCUGGUUACUUGCGGGAUAGGAAUGCUGAAUCUCCCUUUUUCACCCCAAGGACCUUACGAUAGCUGGUUGAUAGAGGACAUUUCAUCAGUUCAGUUCCUAUGGGAGCUCAGUCUCUGGGAGCAAGUUCUCUCUCUCUCUCUCUCUCUCUCUCUACUAUGCUACAAGGAUUGGUGUGGUACAUGGCAAAAAUGCUGAUUGUCUUGCAAGUUUUGGUGCGAAAAAUUCCCCAUGGUUGUAUCACGAUGAAUCAGAAAAUCAAUCUUAAAUCAUGAAUAUUCAGAGUUAUUUGUUA